GUCUUCCAAGGAAAGGUUCCUUCAUCUAUGGUCUGUUUCAAGCAUACAGUAUAUACUUAAAAGAGUGAGAUCAUUUCUCUCCGGCAUUUGACCACCACAGAGCUAGUGCAAUGUCUACUGGCUCAGUCAGUGAUACUGAGGACAUUCAAGAGUUGGUUAUUCAUGGAUUGGAUCUUCACUACAGGAGCUCCGGACGGGAUGGGUCUGCUAAAGUUUUGUACAAUUCCGCAGAAAAUUCGGAAAACGAGUCCGGUACAGACUGCGGCAACAGCGCCAUGAAGAAAAAACGGGGCAGACUGGGACCCAGUAAAAGCCAGAUUUCCAAAAGCCACAAGGAUUGUAAGCAGUCUCAGAGAAACGCAGCCAAUGCGAGGGAGAGAGCGAGGAUGCGGGUGCUCAGCAAAGCCUUUUCACGGUUGAAAACCAGUCUGCCCUGGGUACCACCAGACACAAAACUCUCUAAACUGGACACGCUUCGACUGGCCUCAAGCUACAUCGCACAUCUCAGACAGCUCCUGCAAGAAGACAGGUAUGAGAACAGCUUCGUGCAUCCUGUAAGCUUGACGUGGCCAUUUGUGGUCUCGGGGAGACCGGACUCGGACUCGAAAGAUGUUCCCCCUGUAUCCAGACUGUGUGGGGCUACGGCAUAGAGAAUCUUCACUGUUUCCUUGUGAUGUUCGAGUUUAUAUUUGCAGACUUUUAUCUGGCUGAACAAUAGCACUAACGGUUAAUCUUUUAUUAUUACUUUCUGGAGCACUUACUUUGAAGUUUCUUGUAAGACAUUAAAGUUUAUGCACUGUGGAACGUCUUCGUCAUUAACAAUAAAUCUGAAGAUUAGAAUCUAGGAUUGUCUUCUUCAAAGAAGUUAUGAGAUGGAGCAACAGCUGGACUUUUUUAAAGUGACUAAAAUUGUAGCAAUGUUUUAACAAUAAUUUUAUUGUAAAAAAGCUUUUUUGUUUUACUCCAAUGUACAGUAGUAUUACAUGUUUGAGUACUGAAAAUCUAUAUAAUUCUACUUAAAUAUAAUGUACUGUAUAUAAUUAUAUGCAUUCUAUGUUGCAUUGGGGAGUGAGAUUUGCGUGUAGUGUAAGGGGUUGACUAGGGGAGAUAUCACCCUGCUUGUACACACAUUAUACCUUUAUCAUUUAUUUUCUAUCUGGAGGGUAUGCAGAUAUGAUAUAUGCUGUGUGUAAUUUAACAAAUUACUUCUGCUAUAACUUUCCUGUUUUGUGUUUUUGUUGGCUGUUUUCUUUUCCUAGCAAAAUGAAGUCCUGUCAGCACUUUAUGAAGCACUCAAAGUUACGACUGCAUCUGUAAUUUUGAUUGAAUGUACAGUAAUUACACAAUGUCAAUUUUCUGCAUUUACAGUAAUAUGCAGGUUGCCUACAAGCAAACCCAAAGCUAAAAUGUUUCUCUGUGUGAUGCUGGAUAAAUUUAGAUUGGCGGAUAUUUGGUGGAUACGUCAGGGUAAGGGUGUCGUUGUGCUUCAGUUAGUGUAGGGGUCUCCAACUCUGGUGAUAGAGAGCUGCAGUAUCUUCUGGUUUUUAUUCCAGUCAAGCUUUGAAUGAAAUUGAUCAGUUACAGUACCUAAUUACAGUAGGUGCUUUACAUGACUCUGUUUAUGAACCUUUAAAUGAGCAGUACUGUGGUUCUCCAGUACCAGGGCUGCAGACCCCUGAGUUAAUAUACUGUAAGGUGUUGUUAGACGUGCUCAGUUUGUUGAGUCCUGAGUGAAACAAAGUAAACUUUGAUUGAUCAAAAUGCACUUGGUUAACAAUCUACAGUAUAGCAUUUUGUUUGCCCAAAUCCAGUCAUUGGUAUUAGAUAUUCAGAGAAUUCUAAACUUCACUGGCUGGAAAUCACUUUUCAAAAUAUCAUGUUAAUAAAACCUACCCUUCCCCAUUUCAGACUGCCAUAGAAAAAUCCUUGCAAUAUCAUAGUCAGCCCCAAACGCAACUGUUUUAAGAGCUGUUGAUUUAUUUUAAUAAAUCAUUUAAAAAAAUGGGCCACCGUCUGAAAACCUUUGCUAUUUUGAUAGUUUCAUAUUAGAUAAGUUCCGCACACAAUAUUGAAACAAAACUACUGUACUUUAACUAAGGAAGUUUUAAUGUUCUCUUUCUUCUGGGGUUGUGCCAUAGUUCCAGAUAUUCCCAAGGUGAAGGGUCUCAAGCAAUUAAAAAUACUUCAGUUUUCUUUUCAACAAGACAUUGGAACAAGGCAGCUGUUAAACAGUUCAGCCCCCACAGUACUGUCUCCAGGGACAGUUCAAGUAGUUUAGAUUUUUUAACAGAGACAUUUUUUUCUUGUUUGUAUUGAAGUACAUAUGAUCCAUCUUUUGGUUCAUUACAAAUUCUAAUUAUUUUUCACAAAUCCUGACUGUAUUUUCAAUUCCAUUUAUAAAUAUAUAUUUCCUGUAUUAUUCCACACAUUUUUGUUUUUUUGUUUUAUUUACUAACACUAAUGUAGACUGUAACAUCAUUCUUUCCCUGUCUUUUUUCCAUAUGCUUAAAAUAAGACAUCUGAAAAAAUGCAUGAGGUAUUAUGUAAUAAUAUGACCUUUUUACGCCCUCUUCUUUUUUUUUUUUAGAAAAAGCAUCGGUAUCAAAGAUUUCUGAA